AUGAAAGAAAUGCAAAUCUCUGAUUCUGCUCAAAGUGAAUAUUCUAAUGAUAGAAAAAUUGUUGGUAGAAAGUUUGCCUCUCAGAUAUCAAGAAGGUUGGAGGAGCUAGAUGGUGUCAUAGCAUCUCAUGAUGCUAAGAAGAGAGACUUCUUUCAGAGAGGAUGGAGACAGAUAUCUCUCAAAAAAAUCCAGCCUCUGAAAUGCUACUCUCCAGCUGUUUUAAUUCCUUGGCUCCUGGUAAACACUGUCCUUUUUCAAGUCGCAGCCAUGCAUGAGCUGUGUCAAGAGUACCCUGGAGUAGAGAGCUGGGAUGCUUCUCCUUGA